AUGGCCCCGGAUUCUCCAACCCCAGAAGAGGAUCUGCAGGUCCCCGACUCCGAAGAAGAAGAAGAUGUGCAGAUUCCUGACUCCGAAGAGUAUUCGCCGGUCCCGGACUCCUUGAAAGAAGUAGUAGAAGCUUCAGAAGAAGCGCGAAAAGUGUCGUCGGAAGAAGAGGAAGCAUCCGCAGAAGAGUCGUCUGAAGAAGAGGAAGCAUCCGCAGAAGAGUCGUCUGAAGAAGAGGAAGACCCAACUGUGAAGCCAACCCCUACAAUACCCGGAAAGCGCCCAGCAAAGAGCAACCUAGAGGGUAAGGAGGCAAAGCGUGUGAAGGAAGAGGCGCAGCCAAAUAGAAACGAUAAUGGAGAAAGAAAUAAUGUUGAGUCUCUGGUGAAGAAGGAAGGAAUGGAGUCCGAAAGGGAAAAGAUUGAGAGGGAGUUGAAAAUUGAACAAUUGGAGCUAAUCAUGCGGUUUGCCCAGCUGAAAAAGGACAUUGCAAACUUAAGACAGAAAGCAUCAAGAUUUUCUAUCCCGUAA